UGUGUUAUUAUUAAGCAGUCAUUAAUUGACUAUUGUUAAACGUUACUCUCGACAUUUUAAGGUAAUGGGAUUAAUGACUAUGAUUAAUAAUAAUACUGACUGUGAAUGAGAAGACUUUUAAACGUUUUUAUGAUUAACUUUUACUUUGUGCGCGUUGUCAAAAAAUUUUAAGAAUCAAUCUAAAAGUCGUCGGAACAAAUUCGUUUCUAUCCCGAAAGUUUUUACAAUAAUUAUGAAAUAACAAUACAUACUAAGUUAAAAAAAGAAAACUUAAAAUGUCUUACAGCAAACAAUUUACGAUCGACGACGCCUUUGAAGAUGAACCGUUUGAUGAAAUAAAAGUGUACGGUUCCAAUAAUAUAAGGAAUUCCCCAUUACAAUCGCCUGGCCAAAGCAAAUUUUCCAACUACGGUGGUAUAGUACAUGAUUCCGUUGCCAAUACGAAAGCAUUUGAAGACACAAUAUCUCGAGACAGUGAUUCGCUAAUCCACAAUAGUGCGCCUACCUGUCCAAGUAAAAGUAGAGGAUGUUGGCAUCAUCCGCAAGUACGAGAAAAUUGGCGCGUUGUUCUAGCUGCUAUACUUUUGCUAGUAUUAGGAACAGUGCUAUUGUUGGUGGCUACGGCAGUACAACUGACUCCGAAUUCAAAUUAUAACGCAGCAGUAUUUUUCAUUGCUGGUUUCAUAUGUUUCAUACCUGGAGCUUAUCACGUGAUAUAUAUAUAUCUAGCAGCUAAAGGUUGUGCAGGAUAUAGUUUUUAUAGUUUAUCUUUAUUCAACUAACUCAGUACAAAUACUAUGAAUUUCACUUUCUAUAUGUAUACAUUAUAAUAUUAUAGUAAUUUAGUAUUACCCUUUUAUAUGAGACGUCUAGUUUUAAAGUGUUUUAUAAUAGUUAUUAGUUGUUAGGUUUUUCUUUAAACGAUGUAAGAAAAAAAUACAAUUUGGUUUCAAAAAUCAGCUAAACGAUGGUUUGUCUUUUAAACACGAUGAAUCAGUCGACAGAUUAACAUAACAAACAAACGUGUGCCAAAGCAUAAAUAAAUAAUAUAUUUCAUAUACUACGACUGUAUAGUUCAAACUUAGUCAUUUCUUUUAAGUUAAAAAAAACUUUUUAAAAUAUCCUUAGCUGAUUUUUACUUUAACUUUGUAUUGUCUUAGAAUAGUGUAACCGACAAUUUUAAUAACUUUUUGUGAUAUAUUUGGUUGUAUUUUAUAUAUAUGUAAUAUUAUUAUAAAAUAAUUGUGUAUUAUUUAAUCAGAUUUGUAGCUAUACAAAUUUAAUUUAUUAACUAUUACCAGUAACCACAUAUUAUUAUGGAUCAUACAGUAUUAAAUUUGAAUGUAGACUAUAUCACUUUUAUGGACAAUUAUAAACUAAGAAUUUUUAUAUUACAUUAUAACCUUGAUAAUUUUUCAUCAUCAUUUUUAUUAUGUUAAGUUUGAGCACAUAAAUAAAAUAUAAGUUUUUUUAUUAACUUAGACCAAUCAGAAUUUGUAUAGUUUAUAGUUAUUGGCUUUUGCAAAAUUACACAAUACUCUGAUCAAAGCUUUCAAACAAAUCAUAGAAAAAUGCAUGUAUCAAAUCUUUUUUAUUGUAAGAUAUAGUUAUACAUAAUGAAUUAUAUUAAUAUUUUGUUAAACAACUAUUGUACGGCCCUAUUAGAAAAUAUGGAAAUCCUUGUUAAGACUGUUUGGCAAUGUCAAUUUUUAAUUAAAAAUUGAUGUUUGACAAUUUCAAACAUAGAAAUGCCAAUAGAUUAUUUAGAAUUUGUUGUUGUAUUGCAACUGAUUUGUACCUAAAUCUUUAUAAUAAGUAUUGAAUGAGUUAUGUUUAUUUAUCAUAUAUAGUGUUUGCUGUUUUU